AUGUCGAAGGUGAACCCCACUUCUAUCAAGAUAGAAAAUGCCCUGAAGGCAAUGGAGAACAGAAACGACCCGGCUAAAGCCCCACAGGAUCCAACCGUGUACACCACCGAUGAGGGCAACACCUACAAAACCACAGACAGAAUCGUGAGUGAUGUGGUUCCUCCAACAAGCUAUCGGCCCACAGAUUCAGAGGUUUUCAAGCCGAAUGGACUUCCAGAUUACCAUUAUCUUCAAGAGCACUUUCUCAAAGAAGGAAGACUUUCCGAACAGCAAGUGCUGAAGAUUCUGCGGAUGGCCACCAAGAUUCUCAGCGACGAACCCAACAUUUUGCAUCUAGAUGCGCCCAUAACCGUUUGUGGUGACAUACAUGGCCAAUUCUACGAUUUGGUGAAACUUUUUGAAAUCGGAGGAGACCCUGCGACUCACUCGUAUCUAUUCCUAGGAGACUAUGUUGACCGCGGACUCUUUUCCAUAGAGUGUCUAUUAUUGUUAUAUGCGAUUAAGAUCAACCAUCCUAACACCUUGUGGAUGUUGAGAGGCAAUCACGAGUCCAAACGACUCACUGACUAUUUCACUUUCAAGAGCGAGUGUUUGAGGAAGUUCUCCAUGGCUGUGUACACCGAUUCAUUGGAUUCGUUCCGAGCACUGCCGCUCUGUGCUAUCAUGAAUAAGCAGUUUUUCUGUGUUCAUGGAGGAAUAUCACCAGAGUUGGAUACUCUACAAGAUAUAGAAAAACUUAACAGGUUUGUCAGGGAGAUACCCUCGCACGGUCUAAUGAGCGAUUUGCUGUGGGCAGACCCAAGAGAUGAUUAUGAUGAAAAUACCAGGGCUCCUGCUUAUGUGAGGAACGAACAGAGGGGAUGUUCGUAUUCAUGGUCGUACAGAGCUUCAUGUGAAUUUCUGGACAGAAACGGACUACUAUGUAUCAUCCGAGCUCACCAGGCCCAAGAUGCAGGAUACAAAAUGUACAAACGGACAGAAACGAUGAAAUUCCCAAGUAUCCUGACCCUGUUCUCAGCUCCCAAUUACUGUGGGACAUACCACAAUAAGGCUGCCAUUUUGAAAUACGAGAACGCUGUCAUGAACAUAAGACAGUUCAACUCGUCUCCGCAACCUUACUACUUGCCGCAGCUGAUCGACGUGUUCUCCUGGUCUUUGCCUUUCGUGGGAAGCAAAGUCACAGAGAUGCUACUGGCAAUGCUCAAUGUUUGUACCGAGCAAGAACUUCAGGAUGAGUCUUUCGGCGGAGCAGUGGAGACGGAGCCCAAGCAUGAGUUUUCGCCAGAGAAUUUGGAAGCAAGGAAAGCUCUCAGGAACAAGAUUUUGGCCAUUGGACGGAUGUCACGAAUGUUCACAGUGUUGAGACAGGAGGCUGAGAGUGUGGAGCAUCUGAGGACAUUGGCUGGUGGAAGUUCGCUACCGCGUGGAGUUUUGCUGAGCGGUUCAGAUGGUAUCAAUAAGAAGAUCAUGUCGUUUGAAGAGGCACGGAUUGCAGACAUGAAGAAUGAGGCUAUGCCACCUUCAUUGGAGGAAAGAAGGCAGGAGGACAAAGAGCACGAAAUUCGGCUGCAAAGGCAAUUGAGUUUUGAAGAAGAUAAUGAAGAAUGA